GGUCUCACGUCUAAAACAAAAGCCAUCUUUAUCAGUCAUAUCACAAGCUCUACCGCUUUAAUUUUACCAGUGAAAGAAAUUUGUGACAUAGCUAAAGCAAAAGGAUUGAUCACCAUUGUUGACGGCGCGCAUGUUCCGGGACACAUUCCUUUAAAUCUUUCUGAACUAAAACCGGAUAUAUACACGGGUGCUUGUCACAAAUGGAUGCUGACGCCAAAAGGCUGUUCUUUUUUAUAUGUGAAGAGAGAACUACAACACCUCUUCGAUCCAUUGGUAGCCGAUCUUGAUCGCUUGUACAUGGCAUUGAAAGAAAUUAUUGAAGUAACCGAUUUUAUUGAGGUGGCGGAGCACGCC